AUGCCACGAGCGGGCCAGAAAAAAGGUGAUCGAGAUGAUGCAUACAAACCCAUCAAAGAAGCCGAAGAAGACAUCGCCGACGUCGACGUCGAAAUUUUGAAACCCACCAGAGCAACUCUCAAACCAUCCAAAAUCACCAAGUCUCUCCCCAAAGGAGGAGCUUCCAAACAACAGCCUCAAAAGAACACUCCCAGAGGAACACCCAAACACACCCCCCGAUCUACCCCCAAACCCCCCUCAGCAGGCGCCUACAAAAAGCCCUCUCCCCCACCCAACACCCGCACCGCCGCUCCAUCCUCGACCACGAUUGUCCCUCCCUUACCCAGCGAGCCGUAUUUCUGCUGCCGCAAACCACUGCCCCUCUCUUCUUCUUUCCCUCCUGAUCUCCAACGCUUCUACACUUUCCUCGUCGACUCGCUCACUACCAUAUAUCGCCCUCCGCCCGUGAUCAAGCUCCCAGCAUGCACUACUUAUUACCGAUUCUCGCAUCUCUCCUUAACCACAUGCACCGAAGUGCAUCGAUAUUUCAUCGCGAACGAGCCGCGCGACGAACUAGACGGGACGUUCUCCGAGGGCAGCGAGGAAAAUGUGUUGAGCAAGGCUGGAGCGUUGGAUGAUGAGGAUGGGGUGGAGCGGAAACAGGAUGUGAUGAUAUUGAGUCGGAAUGCGAGAUGUGAGGAGCAUAUGAAAGAGGGAUAUUGGUAUGUUUUGAUGAAGGUGGAACAGAUUGUGGAGAAGGAGGUCAAGAAUGUUAAUGUAGGGUUUGUGGGGAUGGAUACGCAGAGGGAGACGCAUGAGGAGGAAAUGGAUCAUGAGAUCGAUUUGGAUUUGUAUACGUAG